GGUUGCACGCGUGCGCACUAGGUCUCACAGCCGCCAUGCCGGAACCGCGCGCUCCUGCGACUCUAAAGGUGAACGCAGCUUUUGCUGCACGCUACAGCCGUUACCGCGAGCGUGAGGAACUACAGCGGCUGAAAGAUCGCUACGGAGAUCGGGACGACGGCAGCGACUCCAGUUCCGAGUCUGACUCCAGCGAUGAGCAUGUGGAAUUUGAUCCCCAGCAGGAGAGAGACUUUUAUAGAACUCUGUCCUUGUUGAAGAAGAAAGACCCUCGAAUUUACCAGAAAGAUGCUACCUUCUAUCAGAGAACAGAAGCCUCCUCUUCAGAGAGUGAGGAGGAGUCAGCAGCCUUGGGAAAGCAGAAGAAAGUACAGCCCAUGUACCUGAAGGACUAUGAGAGGAAGGUCAUCUUGGAGAAAGAAGGCAAAUAUGUGGACGAGGACAACUCUGAUGGGGAGAGCGUUGAUCACAGGCUCCAGGAAACAGCCACAAAGAGUUACAUAGAAGAGCAGAGACAGCUGAAGGAAAGCUUCCGUGCCUUUGUGGAGGACAGCAGCGAUGAGGACAGUGCCGGGGAAGGUGGCUCUGGGCUGCUGCAGAAGCACACUAAGAGUGGGGAAGAAAAGGCCCAGGAGGAUGUGGACUACCUGGAGUGGCUAAAGGGGCAAAAGGAGAUCGACAGCUCUGAGUCGCUGAAAGAACUGACACACCUCAAGGAGUACUGGAACAACCCAGAACUGGACGAGGGGGAGCAGUUCCUGAGGGAUUAUAUCCUCAACAAACGCUAUGAAGAGGACGAGGAGGAGGAGACAGAGGAGGAAAGGGUUCUGGGCCCCCCAGUGCAGCUGGCGGUGGACGACUCCUCAGAUGAAGGGGAGCUAUUCCUGAAGAAGCAGGAAGACUUUGAACACAAGUACAACUUCCGCUUUGAGGAGCCUGACUCAGCCUCAGUCAAGACAUACCCGCGGAGCAUCGCGUCGUCUGUGCGUCGCAAGGACGACCGCAGGAAGGAGAAGAGGGAGGAGACCAGGGAGCGGAAGAAGAGGGAGAAAGCCAAGAAGCAGGAGGAGCUGAAACAGUUGAAGAACCUCAAGAGGAAGGAGAUUCUAGCCAAGCUGGAGAAGCUGCGCCAGGUCACUGGCAACGAGACAUUGGGCCUUGAGGAGCAGGACCUGGAGGAUGACUUUGACCCUGCCCAGCACGACCAGCUCAUGCAGAAAUGCUUUGGAGAUGCCUUCUACGGGACUGUGGAAGAAGAGAAGCCACAGUUUGAGGAAGAGGAGGGGCUGGAAGAUGACUGGAACUGGGACACGUGGGGUGGACCUGAGCAGAAUGGGGCCUGGAGCCAACAGGAGCUGCACUGUGAGGACCCUGACUUUAACAUGGAUGCAGACUAUGAUCCCAGCCAACCUCGGAAGAAGCUUCGUGAAGCCCCCACCUCAGGCAAGAGAAAGCGCAAGUCUCCGUUUGCAGCUGCAGUGGGGCAGGAGAAGCCCAUGUUUGACCCUGGGGACAAGACCUUUGAGGAGUACCUGGAUGAAUACUACAGGCUGGACUAUGAGGACAUUAUUGACGACCUGCCUUGUCGCUUCAAGUACCGCACUGUCGUCCCCUGUGACUUUGGGCUCAGCACAGAGGAGAUCCUUUCAGCUGAUGACAAGGAACUGAAUCGCUGGUGUUCCCUGAAGAAGACCUGCAUGUACAGGUCGGAGCAGGAAGAGAUGCAGGAGCAGCGGGCGUACAGCCAGAAGGCCCAGAGCGUGUGGAAGAAGAGGCAGAUCUUCAAGUCUCUGUGCCAGGAAGAGGUGGAAAUGCCCACAGAAGCCACAGGAAAGUCACCCAGCAAGGCCAGCUCACAAGUCCAGCUGCCCAUGCCCAGUGCAGCUGGGGGGAAGAAGCCCCAGGCUGAGCUCUCAGGAGCCAAGGAAGAAGAGUUGGCCCACACACCCUGCCCAGAGAAGCCAGCAUCCCAGAAGCAGAAGAGUAAGAAGGCCAGGCUGCUGGGUCCCACAGUGACACUUGGAGGUCACAAGUUCAGCCGACAGAGAUUGCAGGCCUUUGGCCUCAACCCCAAAAGGCUGCACUUCCGCCAGUUGGGUCGCCAACGCAAGAAACAGCAGAGCCACGCCUGAGGGCCACAGGGAGCCAACCUGCCUCCCGGGCUAAGCUGCUGACCAUACUCCGCCUGUUGGCCUAGGGAAGCUGCCUGCAGCGGGGGCACCGCUGCUUCUAAGCUGGGGAACUGAGGCUGCCAGAGCCUUGUCUUCCCACAGACAACCUGAAAGUCACAACCACAGGCACACUCAAGUCUGCAUGUUUAUCAGCCUCCACUGACAGUCAGUCAGUCCUCCCAGUCAUCCAGCGCAGGCUACAGAACUUGAAUCAGGCCCUGAGUGAGUGCCCCGGAGCCCACUCCAUCCCCGGCUCCUGAGGAGUCAGGGGCAGCUGGGGGUGAGGACUCGAAAGGGCACAACCCCAAGCUGGGGGCCUAGAUAGGUCUCAGCUGUGUUGGGGAGGAUCGGGGACAUGAGGACAGGGGUCCAGCACCACCUCUGGAGUUCCAGAUCCCAUACCUGACAUGACAUAAAUAAAAAAAUAAAUAGUC